AUGCUGACAAUUGCGACCAGCUUCAAAAACACCAAAUUUAACAAUCUCGAUACCAUCAAGGAAUCUUUCCUCAACGCCUCGACUGUUGUGAAGAAGGCAGCAAUGGGUGGACUUGGUGCUUCUGCUGUCAACAUUGCCUGGGCACUGGAUGAUGUUUUCAUCGCCAAGGUAUCAUCUAAUAUCAAUGACCAGAAGCCUUCCGACAUGGACCUUCCCAUUCUUGGCGAUGACGCUCGUACCUGCGACAACAAUGGCACCUGCUACUUCUUCGUUGUCGCCCAAGAGAUUAGCCACAUUUCAAAGAACAAGUGGGUUGCAGCCAAGGGUCUCGACAGGGUUGCGAAUUACAACAUGACACUGCUUGAUAUCGCCGAGUCCGCGGCAUGGUACCAGAGCCAGUUUGGUGGAUAUCCGUCUGCCCCCAACUCUUCGGCUCUUCUCGAAUCCAUCCAAAAUGAUGAGUCUCGCCCCUCCUUGAGCUUCUUUGUCAACCUGCCUGUUGUCAACUAUGACAGUGCGAAGGCUGUUAGCUCGAGUGAUAUUUCCACGACCUCUAAGGACAAGAAGCCGACCUCGGAGGAAGAAUUCCUGAGCACUGUGGCGCACGAAGUCAGUACCCUUAAGGACUGGCCUUACGCCAAGAUGUGGUCCAAAUAA